AUGGGUUUUUAUAUAAUCAUGUUUGCUGCCUGGUCUUUAAUCACUGAAGAUACUGUAAUAACCAUCGAUGAUGGCGAUUAUGAAUAUUUGGAUAAUGAUUUGGAUGAGAAUCAAAAACCGGCUGAUAUCUUCUGGGGAGAUGUUCUGGAUGAUGAACAAGAGAAAGAAAAAAAUGAUUCAUCCGGUGGAAACAAUGCUGUGCAACGACGAAAUUGCAGUACUGAGACGGUUAUCAUUGAUAAGCUGCUCAAUGGUACCGGCUACAAUAAAUAUCGCCUUCCUUUAGAAACUGGGGUCGAUGUUGCUGUCGAGUUUUGGAUACAAUCAAUCACAUCCAUCAACGAAAUCACCAAUGAUUUUGAAAUGGAAAUUUACAUCAAUGAGAUGUGGCUUGACCCUGCUUUGAACUUUGAGCAUCUUAACCCAUGCAAGGACAAUUUGUCGCUCAAUCACCAGAGAGUUCGAGUAAAAGGACCAUGUGUCAUGGAUUUGUCAAAUUUUCCAAUGGAUGUGCAAACUUGCUAUUUAAUUUAUGAAAGCUUCAACUACAAUAACCAAGAGGUACGGAUGCGUUGGAACACAAUUAAUCCAAAUCCAGUCUACGCUGUCAGUGAAAUAUUAUUACCUGAUUUUAUUUUAAUUAAUAUCACACCGACUCUUAGGAUAGAGAAAUAUCCAGCCGGGAUGUGGGAUGAAUUGCAUGUGAACUUAACAUUCGAAAGGCGCUGUAUAUGGUAUUUUAUGCAGGCUUAUGUUCCCACUUACCUUACCAUUUUCAUCAGUUGGGUAUCAUUUUCGUUGGGACCACGAGCAAUACCAGCCAGAACGAUGCUUGGCGUUAAUGCUCUGCUAGCAAUGAUAUUCCAGUUCGGCAAUAUUAUGCGAAAUUUGCCCAGAGUAUCUUAUAUCAAAGCUAUUGAUAUAUGGAUGCUGGUCUCAAUGACUUUCAUAUUUUCAUCAUUGAUUGAGCUGGCAAUAGUUGGUUCAAAGGUGAAAAAUAUGGAGAGCGGUCAACAGCCAAAGAAGCCAUACUGUAAAAAUAUCGAGGGAAAAGAAUCGAGUCCAAAGGGUGUUUGUGAGUUCGAGAAAAGGUUUAUGUUUCCAGUAGAAGGAUUUGAAUUGAAGUGGUGCCGAUCACGUUGGAGAUCUAAUUCUUGGACACCAGAUCGUAUAGAUCGUUUGUCAAGCAUCAUCUUCCCCGCAUUUUUUGCGUGUUUCAAUGUGAUCUACUGGUCCUGGUAUUCCGAAUACUUGUUUUAG